GUUUCUGCAGGCAGUGCAUCAGCAGCUAUUGGGAGCAGCCUGGACUACCAGGAGACCAAGCCUAUCCCCAGUGUGGAAAGACAUGCAGAACUCAACCUCCUCUACAGCCUCUUCUGGAUGAACCCACAGACAUGGUAGAAAGCAGCAGACACCUGCACACUGAACACACACCAGACAGAAGGAGCAAACUAGCUGAUGAAGUCCUGAGGAGAGUUAUAGAGAAGCAUAAAGCCAGUCUGAAGGGGAAGUUUGAGAACAUAUCUGAAGGCAUCAUCAAACCAGGAGCUGAGACACCCCUCAAUAAGAUCUACACAGAGCUCUACAUCACAGAGGGAGAGAGUGAAGGGGUGAAUAAGGAACAUGAGGUUUGGCAGGUAGAGUCAGCAUCCAGAGCACAAACCACAGAAGACACACCAAUCAACUGCAAUGACAUCUUCAAGCCCUUACCUGGACAGGAGAAGCACAUCAGAACUGUGAUGACCAAAGGUGUUGCUGGCAUUGGAAAAACAGUCUCAGUGCAGAAGUUCAUUCUUGAUUGGAUAGAUGGGGUAGCCAAUCAGAAUGUAGACUUUAUAUUUCCCCUUCCUUUCCGUGAGCUGAAUUUGGUCAGGAGUGAUAAGUAUAGUCUUCACAAGCUUCUGCUUGACUUCCAUCCUGAACUGAAGGAGCUGAAGGAUGGUGAAGAAUACAACAACUGUCAGGUUGUGUUCAUCUUUGAUGGUUUGGAUGAGAGUCGAUUACCUCUGAAUUUCCAACAGAACAUGAUAUCUGAUUUAAAACAAACAUCAUCAGUGGAUGUUCUGAUGACAAGCCUCAUUCAGGGAACUCUGCUUCCCUCUGCACACAUCUGGAUAACCUCACGACCAGCAGCAGCCAGUCAAAUUCCUGCUCAGUGCAUCGAUCAGGUGACAGAAGUACGAGGGUUCAAUGACCCUCAGAAGGAAGAGUACUUCAGGAAGAGAAUCAGUGAUGAGAGUCAGGCCAGCAGAAUCAUCUCACACAUUAAGGCAUCCAGGAGUCUCCACAUCAUGUGCCACAUUCCAGUCUUCUGUUGGAUUGCAGCCACUGUACUUCAGCAGAUGCUGGACAACACUAAAGACAUUCCCAAAACUCUGACUGAGAUGUUCAUACGCUUCUUGCUCAUCCAGACCAGAAGGAAGGAUCAGAAGUAUCAGAGUGGAACUGAGACAGAUCAAGAGAAACUUCUAAAAUCUCAGAAGGAAAUUUUACUGAAGCUUGGAGAACUGGCUUUCAUUAAUCUAGAGAAUGGCAAUCUGAUGUUUUACGAGGGAGAUCUGAAAGAGUGUGGCAUUGAUGUCAGUGAAGCCUCAGUGUACUCUGGCAUGUGCACUGAAAUCUUCAAGGAAGAAUCUGUGUUUCACCAGAGGAAGGUCUACUGCUUUGUGCAUCUGAGCAUCCAGGAGUUUCUGGCUGCUGUGUUUGUGUUUCACACUUAUGUGACUGAGAACUUUGAGGCCCUGAAAUCCCUCCUCAGUGAAGAACAUAAACCCAGUCAUGUUUUAUCAUCUAUUCAAUCAGUGAUGGGCUUACAAUCUCAAGAUCAUCUACAUGUGUUACUCAAGAGUGCAGUGGAUGAGGCUUUGAAGAGCAGGAAUGGACACCUGGAUCUUUUCCUUCGCUUCCUUAUGGGCAUCUCUCUGAAGAGCAAUCAGAGACUUUUGAAAGGUCUACUGAACCAGAAACACAGCAGCUCAAAGAGCACCAAGGAAAUAUGUCAAUACAUUAAGAAGCUCAACAGCGAAGAUCUCUCUCCUGAACGAUGCAUCAAUCUUUUCCAUUGCUUAUUUGAAAUGAACGAUCAUUCCAUGCACAAAGAAAUAAAAAAAUAUCAGGAGUCACCAAAGAACAUCAAACAGAAAUUGUCUCCUGCCCACUGUUCAGCACUGGCCCACAUGCUUCUGAUGUCUGAGGAGGUGCUGGAUGAGUUUGACCUCAAGAAAUACAACACAUUAGAUGAGGGACGCAGGAGAUUGCUCCCUGCUGUGAGAUGCUACAGAAGGGCACGACUUGCUGAAUGCACACUUACAGAUAAGUCCUGUGGAAUUGUGGCUACAGUUCUACAGUCACCAAACUCCCUGACAGAGCUGGAUCUGUGUAACAAUGACCUGGGAGAUUCUGGAGUUCAACUUCUCUCUAAUGGAUUGUCUAGUCCCCACUGCAAACUGCAGACAUUAAGGCUCUCUGAUUGUCUCAUCUCAGAAAAGGGUUGUAUUUGUCUGGCUUCAGCUCUUUCUUCAAACCCCUCCCACCUAAAAGAGCUGGAUCUGAGCUACAAUUAUCCCGGAGAAUCAGGACUGAAGCUGUUAUCUGUUAGGCUGGAGGAUCCUGACUGUAAACUGGAGACGCUUAAAACUGACCAUGCUUCUGAAAACAGAGCACGACCACGUUUGCUGAGAUAUGCCUGUGAGCUCACACUGGACCCAAACACAGCAGGCAUACAUCUCUCUCUCUCUGAGGGGAACAGAAAGGUGACAUGGAUGGAUAAGGAGCAGCCGUAUCCUGACCACCCAGAGAGAUUUGACUGCUGGGAACAGGUGUUGUGUAGAGAGGGUCAGUCUGGACGCUGCUACUGGGAGGCUGAGUGGAGUGGGGAUGGGGCUUAUAUAUCUGUGGCGUAUAAAAGCAUCCAGAGGAAAGGGAGGAGUAAUGAGAGCACACUGGGACGUAAUGACAAGUCCUGGAGUCUGGACUGCUCUCCUGACAGUUACUCUGCCAGCCACAAUAAUGAAGACACUGUCAUACCUGUCCCCUCCUCCCGCUCCAGAAGAGUAGGAGUGUACCUGGACUGGCCAGCCGGCACUCUGUCCUUCUACAGCGUCUCCUCUGACACACUCACCCACCUGCACACGUUCCACUCCACAUUCACUGAGCCCCUCUAUCCUGGGUUUUUGGUUUAUUACUCCUCAGUGUCCCUGUGCCAGAUCACAUGACCUCCCCAUGCUGCAGGAACACAGGAGUCACCCACUCCUAUUCAUACACAUGUGUGGUGCUGUGAUGCUAUGGAAAUAG